AUGUCUUUACCUGUUAAUAAUAAAAAAAUUAUUAAAGGAUAUAAUGAUUUAAGUAAAAAAGAAUGGUUAAUGUUUAAUGUUCUUAUUAUAAGUAAUAUUCUUGGACCUAUUGCUUUCUCUUGUAUUGCUCCAUUUUUUAAUGAUGUAGCAUUAUCUAAAGGAGCAAUAUUAUCACCAAUUAUAGGAAAACUUAUUGGUAAAUUAGGUGUACAUUACAUGUAUACAUAUGGAUGUUUGGUUACAGGUUUUUCAACACUUUUAUUUUCUAUUACAAUAUACCUUCCAACUAAAAAUACAUUUUUUAUUGGUACUUUAAUUAUAAGACUUUUUCAAUCAUUAGGAAGAGCAAUGUUUUAUACAACAACAUUUUCAAUUGUUUCAAUUCAAUUUCCUGAUAUUACAUCAUCAAUGUUAGGUUAUAUUGAAACAGUUAGUGGUUUAGGAUAUAAUUUAGGUCCAGUUAUAGGUGGUAUUAUAUAUGAUAUGUAUGGAUAUGAAAUGUUAUUUAUUAUUCUUGGUCCAAUUAUUAUUUUAAAUGGUAUUUGUGCAUAUUAUUAUAUUGAAAAUAAACCAAUUGAUGAAAAAAAAAUUAAAUUAGAAAAUUUUCAAAAAAAAUUUCAAUACAAAAAAUUAUUUAAAAUGACAGAUAUUUAUUUUUUAAUGAUUAUUACAAUGAUAUGUGGAUUUUUUUUUUGUUAUAAUGAACCAACAUUACCUAUUGCAUUGAAACCAUUUAAUAUGUCACAUACACAAAUAGGUACAUUUUUUUUAAUACAGGGUAUGGUAUUUUCAAUUUUUGCACCUAUAUGGGGUUUACUAUUAGAUCAUUUACCAAUAACUAAUAUGUUAUUAUUUAUUGGUAAUAUUCUUUUAACAAUUUCUUUAUUUUUAUUUGGACCUGCAUCUUUUAUACCAUUUGAAAGAACACCAUUAACAAUUGGAAUAGCAAGUGUUAUUCAAGUAUCAGCUCUUGCUGCAUGUUAUGUUCCUUGUUUUAAACAAUCAAUGUAUAUAAUAACAGAAGAAUAUGGUUAUCCAAAUAAUAUGAAUACAAAUGGUAUUUUGUCAGGAAUUUUUACCUGUGUUUUUUCAUUAGGUGGUUUUAUUGGACCAACUAUUGGUGGAAUUCUUGUUCAAUAUUAUCAAUAUACAAUAGCUUCAACAAUUAUUGGUUAUGCUCAUUGUGUAUUUGUUGUAAUUUUUAUAGUAUUUUAUAUAAUUCCAAGAUUUUUUUCAACAAAAAAAAAUUUAACAGAAAAUACAGCAACAACAUCAUUUGCUUAA